GCCGCCCGCGCCGCUGCCCCGCCGCCAGCCAUGACUUCCCUGACCCAGCGCAGCUCGGGCCUGGUGCAGCGCCGCACCGAGGCCUCCCGCAGCGCCGCCGCCGCCGACAAGGAGCGCGGCGCCGGCGGCGGCCCCGAGGACGAGGGGCGCCGCGACGAGCCGGGCGACGACGAGAAGGGCGACUCCAAGGAAACGCGGCUCACGCUCAUGGAGGAGGUGCUGCUGCUGGGCCUCAAGGACCGCGAGGGUUACACGUCCUUCUGGAACGACUGCAUCUCGUCGGGCUUGCGGGGCUGUAUGUUAAUCGAGCUGGCGCUGAGGGGGCGUCUGCAGCUGGAGGCCUGUGGAAUGAGGCGCAAGAGUCUCUUAACGAGAAAGGUGAUUUGUAAGUCAGAUGCUCCUACUGGGGAUGUUCUACUUGAUGAAGCUCUGAAACACAUAAAAGAGACCCAGCCUCCUGAAACUGUACAAAAUUGGAUUGARCUGCUCAGUGGUGAAACGUGGAACCCAUUAAAGUUGCACUACCAGCUGCGGAACGUCCGUGAGCGGUUAGCUAAGAACCUAGUGGAAAAAGGCGUCCUGACCACAGAGAAACAGAACUUCCUGCUGUUUGACAUGACCACGCACCCCCUCACCAACAACAACAUCAAGCAGCGCCUCAUCAAGAAGGUGCAGGAAGCAGUUCUCGAGAAGUGGGUGAACGACCCUCACCGCAUGGACAAGCGCUUGCUGGCGCUCGUGUACUUAGCCCACGCGUCGGAUGUGCUGGAGAACGCUUUUGCCCCGCUCCUGGAUGAGCAGUAUGAUCUCGCCACGAAGAGAGUGCGACAGCUCCUGGAUUUAGACCCUGAGGUGGAAUGUAUGAAAGCCAACACGAAUGAGGUUCUGUGGGCUGUUGUAGCAGCGUUCACGAAGUAACUGCAAUCAGACUGAAGUGUUCCCCCUUCUCACAUGUAAACCAGUUGUUUCUCUUCUAUUGACUAUUCAUGUUUUCUGUAAUUUGUACCUUCUCACAUGAUGAAUCGGCUCUUAUGUCAUGGGAAUUAAGUGGUAUAUUCCCUCCUUCUCUGUGUAUCUGUAUGCAGGAUUCUGCUGGUACAAGAGACCUUCCUGUUUAAAAGCAACAGAAAAAGGUUUUACUGCCAUAUUGGCAUUUCACUUCAAUUGCAGUUAUCUGGAAUACUUGGUUUAAUCUAUUUUUCAUGUUUUUGUUGUUGCAGUGGUUUAAGCACCUCGAGGAGGAAGCGUGCAGGCAGUUGGAUCACUAGUCUUAGCUGGCACAGCGUGCACAUGCGUCGAUAGGUCUGCAGUGCAAGUCAUGGCAGUCCAGAAAAGGGCCUUCUUGCAUCACCAAAGCUCCACAUUGCAGGACACGGUGCACAGGCAAAGUUUCAGUUAUACUUAACGAAAUUACUUUGAAAGCAGACAUGCCAUUAAGCAGCUUUGUCAAUAGUUCUUGUUAAAAGCCCCGUGGAUUUCACUUUUAUGUGUAAAUCUCUUGUGUACUUACGCUUUCAUUAGAACUAUAACUGAGUCAUAAGGCUAGUGUAGAGAGGUCCAGUUGUUUCAUAAAACACUUUUGGGAUGGGAUACAUUCCAUUAUGUUGUAUAUAUAGUUCAAAAUGUAUAUUAACAACCUCCCCCAUCUUAGUAUUUUGCAAGAUUUACUUAGUUGUACACCUGGUGCCCCUUUACUUGCUCUCAGUCGUCACCAUUUGGUGGAAGGAAAGGCCUCUCCUAAAGAGCCUCUGUGUGAAAGCUGUUUAUUUCUACAGCCUUUGCCAUCCGGGUACUCUCAGUCUAUGCAUUGCCUUUGAUAAUUAGUGUCUGGAAAGAGACCACUUUCUAUCAUCGUUUGUAAUUUUUCUUUUUCUCCCGUAUGGAAGAGGCUUGUUGUGACCAGUACAGUUCUUGAGUGCAGUUUUUAAUUUUGUUUGUACACGAGUCCAUGUUUGUCUCCUAAAUGUCAUCAUCUGUUUUACUCUUUAAGAACAAAAAGUCAGUCCUAGCCGGUGUUGCAUGUAAAUGGUUAGCAAGUAAUGACUGCAGUUCAGGUGAUUUAAGAUUUCUGUAACGGGACGCUCUACUAUAUUUUAAUUUUUUAUAUACAAUUAUGCUGAUUAGCACACUAUUGUAAAAAAUAUAUAUAUAUAAAAACUUUGGCUUUUUAAAAUUUAUCGCCUCUUUACCACUGCUUGUUAUUAUCUCCCAUUUGUUUCACAGUGUAAAUAUUACGCAUUGAACAAAUUAAGCAUUGAUUUAUCUUCUUUUUUUUUCUCUUUUUUCCUCAUGACAAUGCAGAUUUAUAGUGGGGCUUACAGGUGUCUAGAAACUUCUUUUUGGUUACUGUUCAAAGCAAGAAUACUUAGAUGGUGUAUAACUGUAGAGUUGAAAUUUAAGGGAUCCCCUAAUCUGUAUACUAGCUUUUUACCUACAGUAAAUAAACUAUGAUCUUGAAAGUGCCUGAAACAGAGCAAGCAUGUCAUUUUUAUUUUGGGUUGCUAAUUAGCAAGGUUUUAUCGCUUCAGGGAAAGCUUUAGUUAAUACCCUUCUUAUCAGAAAGGGAAGGGAGAUGAAGCCGACCUCCUCGGGUGUCACUCGGAUGAGCAGGAUUCCUGCCAGGACAGAGCCAGUUACUUUAGGAGCUGGUGGCUGCCAGGGCGAGACCUUCACCCGGAGCCCAGCUCAGCUCUGUCCAGACUUCCACCUCAUGUAAAAGYAUCCAGAUGCCCAAGUAGCUGACCUUAAAAUGCAACUUGACUUCAUCACACAUCUAUAACCUUUUUUUUAUCGAAGGUUUUUAAGCUACGGUCCUUAACAUUUAACACCAUGCUGUUCUUUCAGUUCUUAAAUGCUGUUUCUUUAGUGAAAGAGAAAUUAAAGGUAUAUUGCAAAGUAUUUCCAAUCUGGUUUACAAAUGAAAAGUUAAGCAGUGUUUUCUCAGUUGUAAGAUGCUGUGUUGAAAACUUUGAGGAGCUUGGGCAUGAACAUUGGACAUUUCUUCAAAACUCUCCCAAAACAUGAUCGCUUUAAGCAUUGAGGGGGAGUGGAAGUUGCUGUGCUGCUCUUGCAUUUCACGGGUUGCAGAAUAUUCUCUGUGCCUGGCAGAUUAAAUGAACUCGUUGCUUUUGUUGCCUCUCACUCUCUCCCUUGCUUUUUUUUCCCAUUUUCCGUAGCUCUUUGAGCGGGAGRAAAGUAACGGAUCCCGGUGUGCGAUGGGGAGCGGUGGGUGGAUCCUGCGGUUCAGAGCCAGCGGCCUGGACAGGCGCCUGGGGACAUCGGGACUCCCUCCUUGUGCCUGGGGGAAAGGGAAGCCCCGCAGGCGCCGCCGCACGGGCGCUGACCCCGGGGCUGUAGGAGGGCCAGCAGACACCCUUGCCCUCCUCGCUGGCCGUUCCUGCAGUGGAGGAGGUUUGGAAAGGUUCRACACGGGAGGCUGCUCAGUUGUGCCAGGGCUGCUCUACCCUCAUCCAUCACCUGCCAGCGGCCCGGCUGGAGGCGCCUCUGGGUGCUCCGGAGGCACCUCUGGGCGCUCCGAGUCCUCAGCCGUCGCUCCCUGCGGCAGCAGCCCAGGCGAGGGCUGCUCUCCAUACCCUGAGCUCAGACUGUGUCUCGAAGAAAAAUAGACACUAUUUCAGGGAUUUUUUUUCUUUUAAACCAAAAUUUCCACUUUAGUCAAAACAGGAUUCAAAACAUAAAUCCAUUUUUCCCCCCCAAAAUUUUACACUCAUUGAGAUUUUUAUCCUCCUGUCUGGUGCUUGUGAAAUGACAUUACAGUGCUCCUAUCCAAGAUACUGGUAAAAUCUGUGUGCCAUGCAUGAUGCUUUUGAGAUCUGCAUAUGCUCCCAGGUGAAAAUGGCAUAAAUUGGCUCUGAAGGA